CCGCCGAGCUCCGCGCCCGCAGCCUCCGCCUCCCGGAUGGACGCUCUGCCCCGCGGCGGGCUGAAUCUGAAGGAGGAGCCGCUGCUGCCAGCCGGCCUGGGCUCUGUGCGCUCCUGGAUGCAGGGCGCCGGCAUCCUGGACUCCAGCACCGCGGCGCAGAGUGGCGUGGGCCUGGCACGAGCACACUUUGAGAAGCAGCCCCCCUCCAACCUCAGGAAAUCCAACUUCUUCCACUUUGUGCUGGCCAUGUAUGACCGGCAAGGGCAGCCCGUGGAGGUGGAACGCACAGCCUUCAUCGACUUCGUGGAAAAGGACCGUGAGCCCGGGACAGAAAAGACAAACAAUGGAAUCCAUUACCGCCUGCGGCUGGUAUAUAACAAUGGACUUCGGACAGAACAAGACCUCUAUGUGCGUCUCAUUGACUCCAUGUCUAAGCAGGCCAUCAUCUACGAGGGGCAGGACAAGAACCCUGAAAUGUGCCGAGUUCUGCUCACCCACGAGAUCAUGUGCAGUCGGUGCUGUGACCGGAAGAGCUGUGGGAACCGGAAUGAGACGCCCUCAGACCCGGUCAUUAUUGACAGGUUCUUCCUCAAAUUCUUCCUCAAGUGCAACCAGAACUGCCUGAAGAACGCAGGGAACCCCAGAGACAUGCGCCGCUUCCAGGUGGUGGUAUCCACGACCGUGAGCGUGGAUGGACACGUGCUGGCUGUGUCUGACAACAUGUUUGUGCAUAACAACUCCAAGCAUGGCCGCAGGGCGCGCCGCCUGGAUCCCUCUGAAGCUGCCACCCCCAGCAUCAAGGCCAUCAGCCCCGGGGAGGGCUGGACUACGGGAGGCGCCACUGUGAUUGUCAUCGGCGACAACUUCUUCGACGGGUUGCAGGUCGUGUUCGGAAACGUGCUCGUGUGGAGCGAGCUCAUCACGCCCCACGCCAUCCGGGUGCAGACACCCCCGCGACACAUCCCUGGGGUAGUGGAGGUGACCCUCUCCUACAAGUCCAAGCAAUUUUGCAAGGGAGCGCCCGGCCGCUUUGUCUACACAGCCCUGAACGAGCCCACCAUUGACUACGGAUUCCAGAGGCUACAGAAAGUCAUCCCCAGACACCCCGGAGACCCGGAGAGGCUGCCCAAGGAAGUGCUGCUGAAGCGGGCGGCCGACCUGGCGGAGGCCCUGUACGGAAUGCCCAGCAGUAACCAGGAGCUGCUCCUGAAGCGCGCGGCCGACGUGGCCGAGGCUCUGUACAGCGCCCCCCGCGCGCCCGCGCCGCUCGGACCCCUGGCGCCCAGCCACCCGCACCCCGCCGUGGUGGGCAUCAACGCCUUCAGCAGCCCGCUGGCCAUCGCCGUCGGGGACGCCACGCCGGGGCCGGAGCCCGGCUACGCCCGCAGCUGCAGCAGCACGUCCCCCCGCGGGUUCGCGCCCAGCCCCGGCUCGCAGCAGAGCAGCUACGGCAGUGGGCUUGGAGCUGGCAUCGGCGGUUAUGGCACGCCGGGUGUGGCCGGCCUGGGCGUGCCCGGGUCCCCUAGCUUCCUCAAUGGUUCCACCGCCACCUCGCCCUUCGCCAUCAUGCCCUCUAGCCCCCCGCUGGCGGCUGCCUCCUCCAUGUCCCUCCCGGCUGCUGCCCCUACCACCAGCGUCUUCUCCUUCUCGCCUGUCAACAUGAUCUCCGCCGUCAAACAGAGGAGCGCCUUUGCCCCUGUGCUGCGCCCACCCAGCUCCCCACCUCAGGCCUGCCCCAGAGCCCACGGAGAGGGGCUUACAGACCAGUCUUUUGAGGACUCUGACAAGUUCCACUCUCCAGCCCGGGGGCUCCAGGGUCUGGCAUACUCCUAAUGACGCAGGUCCGCAGGUGUUGUCCCCACUGAGCCUGGACUGGAGGUCCCUCUGGGAUUUGCACUCGUGCCCUGGAUAGCAGCACAAAGAGAUAGAGGACUGUAGGCAGACCUCAGUCCCUGAGCUGAACAGGGAAGGCCUUCCCACCCUGCGCUCAAGCCCUCCUCAGCCCCAUGGGUUUCUCUCACCUCCCUUUCUUGGGGCUGGUUGGAAACCCCAACACUGUGCUAAUGCUCUUGGCAGGAGAGCAUCCCGGGGAGGUGCUGGGGUGCUGGGCCUCACUCACUGGGUCGGUUCCUCUGGAAGAGAUGGAUUUUGUACAGAUCAGGGAUGUCGGUGAGGAAAGCAGAGGUUGGGGACCAUGGGAAAUAGCACAGCUCAGGGAGAGGUGACCUACAAAGGUCCUUUUUGCAUCUGACCCAUCUCAACCGGCCCAGCAUCCCAACUUCUCUCCAGUGAACAGGCCGGGGCCCAGCAGCCUCAAGAGGCCCACCCAGGCUCCCAUGGAGCUUUUUACAGCCUCCGGACCCUACGGCUGUGCUGCCCCUACCUCCUCUGAGACCACACACAUGCUUGCUGCAUCCUGCCUCCCCUGGGGGCUUUGGCAUGGAGGAUGUGAAGAGGGGGUUCCAGGUCUCCCGGGUUUUGAGUCUCCAGUGGAUGAACUGUGACUCCCCACAUACAUUGACUGGCUGGCCACACUGAACAGCCUGGCCGCCCCCCACAUGGCUUCUUCCACCGCUCUGCUCAGUUUGGAGAAACUGGAACAAUAAACCAGAUU